UACAAUGGCGGAUCAGAAUAUAGAUACAGAUUUCGUAGAGUACCGAAAUUACAAAUACGUACUGCAAGCCAUUCAUCCAAGUUACAUGCGAAAUUACAAACGUUGCGCAAUGUACUCCAAUCUGCAAGUUUUGUUUCUGAAAACCAGGGCAAGAUAUCUAGAGAUUUUCUGUCCAGCAGUGGCACAGA